AUGUUCAGACCGGAUCGACUCAUUCACGACUUCGUGCACAUGAAGGGCGAGCAUCGAGCAGAUGAGGCCCUUCACACGCUCAAGAGGAUAGCCUCCAUGGUGAAGCCUCUCAUGCGUGCCCGGCGGUGGCACGUUGGCAAGCUUGUCGAGUUCUACCCUCCGACAACGACAGGCCAGACCCUCCUAGGACUCAACUAUGACCGGGGAAGAAAGAUAUGCCUGAGACUACGGCAUCCUGGCGACCGCCGCCAAUUUCUCCCUUUCGAGCAGGUCCUGGACACGAUGCUGCACGAGCUCGUCCACAUUGUCCACGGUCCCCACGAUGACCAGUUCCACAAGCUCUGGGACCAGCUGCGCGACGAGAUGCAGAGCCUUCUGAACAAAGGCUACACCGGAGAAGGCUUCUUGACCGAGGGUCGUCGCCUGGGCGGUGCCAGAGUUCCCGAGAACGAACUGCGACGGCUGGUACGGCAAGCUGCAGACGAUCGCCGCAAGAACCAGGCCGGAGCAGCACUCGGCCGACGGCUGGGUGGCGCGGCCCCAAGGCCUGGACAAGACAUCCGCAGGGUCAUUGCCGACGCCGCCGACCGACGGAGACGGGUUCUUCGAGGCUGUGCCGAGGAGAGCCUCAGUCAGCGCGAGAUUCAGGAGAUUGCAGACCAGGCUACACACAACGGCUUCCGCACUCAAGCAGAAGAGGACGAAGCGAAUGAGGCAGCCAUUUCCCAAGCUCUGUGGGAGCUGGUACAAGAAGACGAGAAGAAGAGGCUUGGUGACGCCUAUAUCCCGCCCUCGGAUACCAUACCAGAACAGUACCGGCAGGGCCUUGCUGGGUCUGCGCAAUCCACUGACGGAACGGCAGGGACGCAGCGUGCAACGACAUAUCCUGCAAAGUCUUCGAAAACCCUGCUGCAGAGGGACAGCACAGACGAGACAGCUGGCUUCUGGGAGUGUGAGGCUUGCACACUGCGCAACCCUACAAAGUACCUCUGCUGCGACGCCUGUGGCCUCGAACAGCCGCAACACAAGAAGCGGAGGAUGUCCACCCAAAGACAAAGGAAAGGGGCGUCGCACGUCGCAGAUCCAGCAGCGCAGCCCGCCAGCGCCAUUGACGUGGACCUGUAA